GGGGAGUUCGCAAGAUUUCCUGCCCCCCCGCUACAUGGCGGACUCCGAUCCAGGCGGCGCCUCAAGGCGACGACCGUCCAGAAGGUGGAGAGGGUCACGAUCAUCCUCGCCGAGACUGGCUCAGGAAAGAGCUCGCAGGUCCCGCAAAUGCUGAUCGAGGAAGGGUUCGCCCCCAUUCUGUGCACGCAGCCGAGAAGGCUUGCCGUGGUCGCCGUGUCCAAAAUGGUGGCCGAAGACUUGGACAAGAAGCGGGAUUUCACAUUGGUCAGAUGAAUCGGACAAGUUCCAGCUCCGGUGUUCUUCUAGAGGAGAUCAAAUCCAAAGGCGUGGCUGCUCUUUCUCACUACAAGGUGGUCAUACUGGAUGAAAUCCACGAGAGGUCUGUGGAGUCAGAUAUGGUUCUUUGUUGCGUCAAGAUCUUGCUCUUUCGGAACAAGAACACACGUCUGGUGCUCAUGUCUGCCACCGCUGACUUUAAACGCUAUGAAAACUAUUUUGCCGAGCUUGGCGAAACAGUUGAGAAGGUGGCUGUCUCGAACUUGGCCUCGAAGAUCCAGCAACAUCUGUUCCAGUGCAGCGUGAAGUAUCUCGACCAGGUUCUGUAUAUUUUAUUUCAUUCGCGUUUAUUUUUAUCUUUCUGUUAACCAUCCUCUGUCAGGUCGUGCAACAACUUGGAAACAAGGAAGUGUCUGUAAUG